UCGGCAUUUGCAAUCAGAUAUUAUUCUUCAUUUCACAGCAAUAUUGAGAAUGUCAAGUGUUUCGAUGAUGCUUUGAGUCUCUUUCGUCGAAUGGUCAGUACGCAGCCUCUUCCUUCUGUUUUUACCUUCUCCAAAUUAUUAAAGACUAUGGUAAAUAUGAAGCAUUACUCUUCUGUUGUUUCCCUUUUUUGACAAAUGCUGAAAUCGGGUAUCCCAAUUGAUGGUUCCAUCUUGAAUAUCGCGAUCAACAAUUAUUGCUUAAUGCAUCGUUCUGACUGCGGAUUUUCAGUGUUAGCCAUUUACGUGAAGAAGGGCAUUCCAUUUGAUGUUGUCACCUUUAGCACCUUACUAAGGGGACUCUUUGCAAAAAGUAAGAUAAAAGAUGCGGUUAACUUGUUCAAAAAGUUGGUGAGAGAGAAUAUUUGUGAGCCUGAUGAAGUCAUGUAUUCAGUUGUCAUGAAUGGUCUUAGCAAAAGAGGUCAUACUCAAAACACUUUUGAUUUGCUUAGGGUAAUGGAACAAGGAAACGCUAAGCCCGAUGCAUACAUCUAUAACAUUGUUAUAGAUGCCCUUUGCAAAGAUAGGAUGUUAGAUGCUGCAAUUAGCCUUUUUGAAGAGAUGAAACAAAAAGGCAUUCCUCUAAACGUUGUCACAUAUAAUUCAUUGAUUGAUGGUUGUUGUAAGCUUGGUCAGUGGGAAGAGGUUAGGACUUUGUUCUUCGAAAUGGUAAAUCUUAAUAUUUAUCCAGAUGUCUGCACCUUGACCAUAGUAGCAGAUGGACUUUGCAAAGAAGGGAAAGUUGAAGAUGCCGAAGAGGUAAUGCGACACUUGAUUGGUAAAGGUGUAGAGCCAGAUGUGGUAACCUACAAUGUGAUAAUUGAUGGAUAUUGCUUGCGCGGUCAAAUGGAUAAAGCAAGGAGACUUUUCGAUUCCAUGAUAGAUAAGAGCAUUAAGCCUGACAUUGUUAGCUAUAACACGUUAAUAAAUGGAUACGGUAAGAAAAAGAAAUUGGAUGAGGCCAUGCAUUUGUUUCAUGAAAUUUCUCGAAAUGGAUUGAAACCUAGCAUUGUUACAUACAGUACUAUCUUGAAAGGUCUAUUUGAUGCUGGAAGAACCAACUUUGCCGAAAAAUUCUUUGCUGAAAUGCUAUCUACGGGGCUCAAACCUAAUUUAUGCACUAAUUGCAUUUUGCUCGACGGUUAUUUUCACAACGGGCUUGUUGAGAAAGCAAUGUUGCUAUUUUAUGAGUUGGAAAGAAAGAGAGAAGAUAUCUAUAUUGAACUUUACACUGUUAUUGACGGAUUGUGCAAAAAUAGUCAGCUCGACAAAGCUCGUACUAUUUUUGAGAAGCUUUCUUUGAUUGGAUUGUUUCCCAAUGUGAUUACAUACACUACAAUAAUAAAUGGACUAUGUCUAGAAGGGUUGAUAGAUGAAGCUAAAGAUAUGCUAAGAAAAAUGGAGCACAAUGGUUGUUCGCCAAACAACUGCACUUACAAUGUUAUUGUGCAAGGAUUUCUCAAAUGUGGCAAAAUUAGUGAAAUGAACACUUUUUUGAAGGAAAUGAGUGGAAGUGACUUCUCGUUUGAUGCAAGUACUGUAGAGUUACUAAUAGACGUUUCAGCAAAGGAUCCUUCUUUGCUUAAUCUGAUACCACAAUUUCACUCGGGAAGUUAGAAGUGAAUAUUUAUUUCACUUGUUAUCAAUGUGAUGUAAUUUCCUUUUACCUUGGCCAAAGAAAUCGCAUCCAAUGGAAUGGCAGAAGCUGAAAGUAUGCAGUUAGAACAUUGCUUAAGCUUUCCAAGCUAGCUUAUUAAAGAGAGAGUGAAUUAUGGUGCUGGCAUUCAUCCUGGAUUUACGACAUCCGGGAUUCCAUCCACCGAUGAAAUUGCUGACAGAAUCGAGAAGAUGCUUGCAGGAUACCAAUAUACUCUGGUUUAACCCUAGUUGUGGCCUCAAGACUCGCAAGUAUACUGAAGUUAAGCCGUGCUCUCAGCAGUGGCUGGUGAAUUGUUCAAUGGUCCUCCUGGAGCAUACUGGACUGCAGAGGAAGGACAAGAUUAUGUUUCACAUCUUGCAUUAAUGACACUGGCAACAGUUUCCUUGCAAAAGGUAAAACACUCAUCGUCUAGGUAGUCAACCUGUCUUGUAUAUCUCUACUGUAUCUGGUUUAUACUAUUUGUUGUUUUGACAAAUUGAAAUUUUUUCUAAACUGUUUGACGUUUUAGAAAAUGAAGAAGCAUUUAUCACCCUUUCCCCAAAUUUAUCCUUCCUACUCAAGUGUAGAUAUUGAAGGAGAAGUCUUUCAUGAGGAUUGCUGCAAAGUCCAAGAAACAGGCAGAAGAAAUGCUGCCAAGGCAACGGUUUCCCUCUGACUUGGAAGAUGAAAUCUCUAAAACUGAACCUUUCAUGGAAACUACGGAAACUAAAUCUCUAAAACAGUCCACAGGUGCAGAAAUGGUACUGCAUCUUUUGAGAAGUCACCUUCUUCAGUGGAAUCAUUGUGCAAUCUGCCUAGAGGAACUAAAUCAUUAGCUGCAAUGACACCAUCACAUAUAUCUCCCUCUCUCAUGUGGAAAAUCUAAUUAGCUACUCCAUACAAGACUAUCUUUACAUGCUAAGAUUGAGCUUAUUUUAACAUUGCCAAGUCAGUUAAUCUUUCUACACUUGUACUAGUGACAAGUCAUUGCACAAUGUACAUAGUUUUGGAUAAGAAAUCCAAUAAACAAUAAUCAUCAGAGUACAUACUCUGCUAAAUAGCUGCUCAACCGCGCAGUUUAUUUCUUAUUAAUCUAUCUCUCUCCCACUUUUAUUUC